CUUUUGUGCUCAAAGGUCAUCAGGAUCUUCAGACGGUUAGCCAGAUGAUGUUUAAAAGAUGGAUCGGAGCUUACAUACAGCAGCCCAGUGCAAUCAAUCUGGUGGUAACUGCAAAUCCAUCCUCUUGGACAGCGACAGUGCCACCAGGCAGAUCAGCUGGCCCAGCUCAGAAUCCCAUUCUUCUUGGAAGUUCUUUGUUGGCCUCGGCUGCCCACUCGCCUCACAAGACAGCGCUGCGCCGUGGGACCAAAUGUUGGAGUCGGUUGGGACUGUUGCACCGCCGGAGCUUUCAGCAAACAAUUCCAGUGGGACUCAUUGCUGCUGACAUUUUCAUCACCGUGGUGUUGGCGCCCAACUUGUCCCUUCUUCUGUUGACAAGCACUGGCAUUUAUAAGCCUUUGUGGUUCAUUUUUGGGAGUGCUGAAGUGGGCAUCCUUGGUCCAGAUAUCCGACACGGCUUAUUGCUGGCUACGUGCUGGUUAGUCAGUGCUGCAUUUGCUCGUCUAUUCGCUCGAGAAGUCACAGACCGUCGGGUAGCUGCAGAGUCGGCUGCCAUUUGGUGGCGACUUUUCCUGGCCUUUUUCGUCAAUGCGUGGCUCUUACUCUUUGCGGCCUCUUUCAUGGGGCUUUUCCAGCCCUUUAGUCAGGCUGAUGUUCUGAGGAUGGGUAUCGACAAGGAUAUUUUCGGUCCAUCUGGACUGAAUGUAGAUGUGAAAGUUUUCAGGCAAAUCAUUGACCUGAACAUUGACAUUGCAAUUGAAGUCGUUCUUUUAGGCUCCUGGCGUUUGUUCUGUGCUGGAGUUAAUCCAGUCGUUUGGUGGAAAGCCUGGUCUAGACAGAUCUGGGGCGAAUAGAUUUCAUGAAUUUUGGACAGUGAGAUGUUCUUGAUCAACAAGGAGAUGAAACUGUUUUCUUCUGUUAUGAUCGUCAUGAUCAGCAUGUUCUGCAUUUCAAGGAAAGCGGUCCCCGGCUGCAAGCGACGCCCCCCCGCUGCCUAAAGCCAUUCCCGGAGAUGCUGGCGAAGCCUGGCAAGUCUAUUCCGCGCGGGUGGCAUCUCCUGAUCUUCGUGUAGUGCCUGCUCUAUGAAGCUGUGCAUCCAUGAUUGCCACGGCAAAUGCUACCAUCCGUGUCAAAACA